CAUACCUCAUACCCAAAACAAAGGGGGGCUUAGGGUUAAUGUAAACAGAGUAGACAAACGACAUGAUAUUGCUGAUGUUGUAGGAAAAUUCAGUGGAGAGCAGAAGGAUUCCCAAUUUAGCCAACAUUUGGCACAAACAAGUAGAACUAGGAUAAAUUCAGACUAACAUUCCCUGUCAAAUGUGACAUCAAACUUUACAGCAGAGAUUGAUGGCGGCCGGAUCGCUGAGGAAGAAAUCCAACAAGCGAUCGAACCUGAAGCAGCCCCACCCCGCCAUGGCCUCUACCUCUCUCUCUCCGUCCUACUACAGAAAAAUCUAUGUAUUCGUUAUGGUUCUUUUAGUUGUCUGCGUUCUCACUCUUCUCAGCAUUUCAUCGAGCAUGUGGAUUGUCUUUGGAUCCAACGCUCUCUCUCACCAAAUUUACUCCGUCCAAGUAGUCAACGAAUUUCCUCACGACCCCACUGCCUUCACUCAGGGGCUUCUGUAUGGUGGAAAUGAUAUCCUAUUUGAGUCAACAGGCCUUAAUGGGCAGUCAUCAGUUCGGAAAGUGGCUCUUCAGACUGGAAAGGUUGAGGCUCUACACAAGAUGGAUUACUCUUAUUUUGGAGAGGGUUUAACUCUUCUAGGUGAUAGGUUGUUUCAAGUAACUUGGUUGGAGAAAACAGGUUUCAUAUAUGACCAAAAUAAUUUAAGCAAAGUUGAGAAAUUUACUCAUCAAAUGCAAGAUGGUUGGGGUCUGGCAACAGAUGGGAAAAUUCUUUUUGGAAGUGAUGGAACUUCAACAUUGUAUCAUAUUGACCCUCGAACAUUUAAAGUCAUUCAAAAACGAACCGUCAAGUAUGAAGAUCAUGAAGUGUACAACCUCAAUGAACUGGAGUAUGUAAAUGGUGAAAUUUGGGCAAAUGUUUGGCAGACUGACUGUAUUGCUAGAAUCUCCCAUGAAGAUGGUGGUGUGCUUGGGUGGAUUCUCCUUCCCAACCUGAGGCAAGGAUUGGGAGCAGCUGGGAACAAUAAUAUUGAUGUUUUGAAUGGCAUAGCGUGGGAUAGAGACAGAAACCGCAUUUUUGUGACAGGAAAAUUGUGGCCAAAGCUUUAUGAGAUCAAGCUGCAGCCAGUGAGGAAACCGUUGCAUGGAAUCAUUGAACAAAUGUGCAUUCGAAGUCCAGUCCACUUUGUGAAACCAUAGAUCAGAUAUGCCCAUCAAAUUGGGGCUGGGUCUCAUAGGAACAUAGAAUAGAAUGGAAAUUUUGUGUUCGACAUGAACUUCAACUUCCAGACCGGAAAUACAGAUCAGUUUGACAGCUGCAAUCUCUUUUUCAUUUAUUUUUCUAGUCUUCAUCAGUGCUGCAUGAACUGUCAAGCUUUCUUUAAGAACAGAAUGUCCUAAUGUACACAAUCAUACAAGAGGUAAAAAAAUAAAAAAUAAAAAGAAAAAAGAAAGUUGAUUGGAAUUGAAUUGUACAAAGUAAAAUGUUGGAACUGGCUUGACUUUUGUAAUUACUGCUCUUUUCUGUCUGUGUGUGUGCGAAUUUUGCCAACUUCUCUCA